AUGUCAGACGAGAAGAACAUCGAGGCGGGCGCGCCCGCUCCAGAAGUCCGCACCUCGGACAGCUUCGAAGCUGCCCCGCGCCCAGCAGGAUGGAUGUACAAGGGAUUCAAAGUUGGGAAGAAAGAGCUAUGGUAUGCGUCGCCAAUUGUCCAGCUGCUCACGGUCGCCCUCGUGUGCUUCAUGUGUCCUGGCAUGUACAACGCUCUCACCGGCCUUGGUGGUGGCGGCCAGGUUGACGCAAGCGCCCAAAACGACUCGAGCACUGCCUUGUACUCGACUUUUGCCGUUGUCGGCUUUUUUUCCGGUACCAUCGCCAACACCCUCGGCGUCAAGAUUACUCUGGCAUUCGGCGGUCUCGGUUAUUGCAUCUACGCUGCGAGCUUCCUGAGCUACAACCACAACCAGAACCACGGAUUCGUCGUCUUUGCUGGGGCCUUUCUUGGCGUGUGCGCCGGUUUGCUGUGGACCGCGCAGGGCACCAUCAUGAUGAGCUACCCUCCCGAGGAAAAGAAGGGCCGGUACAUCUCGUACUUCUGGAUCAUCUUCAACUUUGGUGCCGUCAUUGGCUCCUUGGUCCCUCUCGGGCAGAACGUCAACGCCACCGGCACCACGAACGUCACCGACGGCACUUACAUUGGUUUCCUCGUCCUUAUGGUUGUCGGCGCCAUCCUCGCACUGGCUCUCUGCAACGCUGACAAGGUCAUCCGCGAGGACGGCAGCAAGGUCAUUCUGAUGAAGAACCCGAGCUGGAAGACCGAGAUCAUGGGUCUGGUCGAGACUAUCACCACCCAACCCUGGGUGGUCCUUCUCUUCCCUAUGUUCUUCGCCUCCAACAUCUUCUACACCUACCAGAUGAACGACUUCAACGGUGCCCAUUUCAACACCCGCACCCGCACCCUUAACAAUCUUCUGUACUGGACCAGUCAGAUUCUCGGUGCAGUUAUUUUCGGCUACGCCCUCGAUAUCGGUAGCGUCCGCCGCUCCAUCCGUGCCAAGGCCAGCUUCAUUGCGCUGUUUUCCCUCACAUUCAUUAUCUGGGGUGGCGGCUAUGCCUGGCAGAAAAAGCAGGUCACCCGCGAGGUUGUUGAGAGCACCACGAAGGAGUAUGUUGGUGUGGACUGGACUGAUGGCGGCGACCUGUACAUUGGGCCUAUGUUCUUGUACAUCUUCUACGGUUUCUUCGACGCCUGCUGGCAGACGUCCAUCUACUGGUACAUGGGCGCGCUCAGCAACUCCGGGCGCAAAGCUGCCAACCUCGCUGGCUUCUACAAGGGUCUUCAAUCGGCCGGCGCCGCCAUCUUCUGGCGCCUGGACGGCUUGAAGACCGGGUACAAUACCAUGUUCGGCGCUUCGUGGGGUCUCGUUGCUGCCGCUCUGUUGAUUGCUGCUCCCGUGAUCUUCCUCCGGAUUCAAGACACCGUUCCCCUCGAGCAAGAUCUCAAGUUUAGCGACGAAACGGUCGAGGACGUUGCGCCCACUAAGGAACUUGCUGCUCUUCGAGCGGAUUAA